AUGCAGCUUUCGCUCUCGACCACAACACGCUCUGCACUAGAUUCGUCGCUGAAGUAUAGAACCUUUGGAAUCCGGAUAUGGCGACAUUCGGAAAAGCUACAUACAAUGCGGCGAAAUAUGCUUCCAUCAGGCCCACGUAUCCUAAGCAACUUUAUGAUUUUAUUUUCCAGUAUCACGCACGCUCCCCGAACGCAAGGUGGGGAGCUGCAGUUGACCUAGGGUGUGGGACAGGACAAGCCACGACUGAGUUGACGCCCUUCCAGCGCAUCAUAGGUGUCGAUCCUAGCAACAAAAUGAUCGAACAAGCGAAGCAGAAUGUACAAGCUACAACGCUACCUAAUCAAGUAGAAUAUAUUCAGUCGUCUGCAGAGGAUCUCCAUUUUCUGAAAGACGGCGAAGUGGAUCUCAUCAUUUCAGCACAAGCAGCACAUUGGUUUGACUGGACGAGACUGUGGCCAGAGACCUCUAGAGUGCUGCGAAGGGACGGCAGCAUUGCUGUCUGGGGCUAUUCCGAGUUCCGCCUCAGUCGAUAUUCAUCCGCAACGCCGCUUAUCAGCAAUUAUUCGCAAGGAUCAAAUUCAGAGACAUCACUCGGUCCGUAUUGGGAGCAACCUGGGCGAAAUACUGUAGACAACCAUUUUUUGGACAUUCCUGACCCUUCAUCAAUUGUUCCUGGGAAGUUCAAGGACUUUGAACGGAUCUUCUUCGUCGGCGACCACCAUCCCACUCUUCCUUCACCGCGCCCCGUGGUCUUAAGGAAAAAUAUGACCUGGAACGACCUCUUGGAAUAUCUCCGCACGUUCAGUUCUUUACACACGUUCCACGAGAGAUAUCCCGAAGAUUUAAAGAAUCCUGAUGGUGAUAUAGCGGUGCGCUUUUGGGGGUCGCUCAAGGAGCUUGUUUCGAAACAGGGAGGUAAUGUGCGGGAUACUGACCAAGUCGAGGUAGAAUGGCCUCUUGCACUCAUCCUUGCAAGGAUACCAAAGGGGUGCGUUCGAUCCCUACGAAUGGUAUACCCGAAACCCCAACCCCAACGGAACGCGUUGAUCAAGUUUAGAGUAAGGUUUAUGUUUGGCACGAGCCCGACCGGAUGUCCAAGUGGACAAGGCCGUAGUUGUGCGCCUGCGUAGCUUGUUGUCUCAGGUCGUGCUUGGCGAGUACGGUCAUGGUGAGAAACUGUGCCUUGUUUGCAGAAGGCUAGAUGUUGAAUGCAUGUUUUGUGACCUUCGUGCGCUCACUGGUUGCCCCACUUUUGGGGGAUUGGGUUGGGUUGGGUUGGCAACGCCGAGUCAGCUCAAUCGUCACUAUUGACACUAAUGGUACGGAUGAUCGAUGACCGUUUGAUUUCACAUCU